AUGAGGUCUCUAGUAAGAAGCUUCGCUUUGCUACUUUUUCUGUCCUUCUCACUCGUUUACCCAGGUUCUACAUCUCCAGUUCUAGCACGAGAGCCAGACACCCUAGCUCAUGUUGAAGGCCAGGAUGUGUCUCACUUGCAGUAUCGCGCAGAAGCGGAGAGGUUUUACCUGCGCAUUAUGCCCCUCGGUGCUUCAAUCAUGAGAGGCUCAAACGAUACUCCGGAUCUGAGAGGCAGAGGCUUUCGCAAGUUCCUACGGGAUAAACUACGAGUCCUUGGCUGGAAAGUCAAUAUGGUCGGCUCCUUCAAGAAUGGCCAGGACUUUGCUGACAAUGACACUGAAGGGUAUCCUGGGUUCGUCGUUGGCCCAGAAGAUGGUACAGGUUCCAAUUCAGUUCACAACCGAGCCAUCGAGUCUGUACCGAAAUAUAAGCCCAACCUGGUUCUAAUCAACGUUGGUUUCAACGACGCAAAUGCUAACAACGGGGCUGGAAACGACUUGCCAAACGUGGGACGUCGUAUGGAGGCUCUUUUGCGAACAGUCUUCAGGCUCUCCCCAGAUACCGUGGUCAUUUUGUCGACGCUUAUUCCUUCUCGCGAUCGUGACACCAACGUACAAUACAUCAACAGACAGUAUGUGAAUGUCGCAAACAAGCUCAAGUUGCAGGGUUUCAAGAUUGAACUCGCCGACAUGCACACUGGGUUUAUUACAACUGACAUGCUGAAUCCCGCGGACGGUACUCAUCCCAACUAUGAUGGUGCUCAGCGCAUGGCCUCUGUUUGGGAAGAAGCAAUCGCACAGGUCGCAGCGAGGAAAGACUGGCUGAAGGAGCCCAGCUCUGACGUCAACUUCAAAGAUGACGAUACCUCCAGCAAGCAGACGUGCGAGAAAUCUCCAGAUAGCGGUGCGAAUGAUCCACGAUCUGGUGAACAAGUGCUGUACGCCAAAUCUGCAGAUAUACAGAACGACGGGACUUACAAACAUUCCUCAACCUCAAAAGGCAUCAUCAUGAAGUUCUUUCGCAACCCCACCGCUCCAACAGAGAAGCAGUCGCGGGUAUAUGCUGCUCAGAUUGUUAAUGCUGGCAAUGCGCAGCGUGGUGGGGAGCGAGAUGAUUAUGUCGCCAUCAAUGGUGAUACGGCCUCCGAGCCUGCGAUCUACUGUCAGAAUGACGGGAUAGGCGGUAUUGACAAUGUGUUUGGCACAUUGCUAACUGCUGCUCUAGGAAUCAGAUGGGGCGAUGUGAAUAAUGAUGGCCUAGACGACUUUAUUUGCCUACGACCAAGCGGUGAAAUGCACGUAUCCAUCAACCAGGGCAAAGAUCCCGCAACUUUCAAAUAUGUUGGCAAGUGGAAGGACGCUGUUGAUGGAUAUCCACAGGCAAACGUUCGCCUUGGAGAUAUUGAUGGCGAUGGCAGACUUGAUUACUGUGUCAUCUCCAGUGCCGGUGCGCUUCGGUGCUGGAGAAAUGGUGGCAUUCAGACAGACAGUGUGGGUUACUGGCAAGACCUUGGAACCGUCUGGACGACAGAAGGAAAGGAUGUAGGGGGUUCAGAUGGCAAGUUCAAUAUUGACGACAUGCGAUUAGUUGACAUCAAUGGAGACUUUCGCUCGGACUGCCUAUGGGUUGAUCGUACUGGCCGAGUGAUUACAUGGAUUAACCAGCGCGGUGUAAGCAGGAACUUGGUGCCUCGAUGGCUUUCUGCGGGUGUCACCCAUGUUAGUCAAGGCACAGACAUUGGCGAUCGCAACAAUAUUAUAUUUGGUCGCAUGACAAGCGAUUUCAAGACGGAUUACAUGUACUGGGAUCGCAAAGCCGAUGACAAUACGAAUGUCGCACCUCUCCGAUUAUGGGCAAGCAAUGGCAGUGGUGGUAGGCAUCAAAAAGGCGACGGAGUGUUCUUGGGUGAUCUAACAGGAAGCGGAAAUGACGAUUAUCUAUGGAUCAGCCCCGAGGGUCGCGUUGCUAUCUUCGUCAACUCAAACAAGCCACCGGACACAAGCAGAUAUAAGGACGGUGCUUGGAUCGGCAAAGGAUACGUUCUUGAUACCAAAGCAGAUCGAAAAGCCCUGCAUGUCGGCGACUGGGAUGGCGAUGGCAAAGCGGAUAUUAUUGCCACUGACCGAUCUACAGGCGCCUUGACAAUCUGGCUCACUUCCUGGGACGGGCAGAAGUUUUCUUUCAACAAGAUUUCCAGCGGCACAAGCUACUGCAAGGAGGGCUGGGGUGUUGGACUUCAAGAUAUUGGCCCGCGCUUCGCUGAUCUCACCGGCAACGGAUGCGUCGAUUAUCUUUGCAUGGAGGCGGAUGGCCGAACGACUGGGUACUUGAACGCUUGCUCCAAGGAUAUCAAGCUCACAGAUGCUGGUCAAGUCAAGUUUGCCGAGAAACAGAAGGACCGCGCCAACUUCCGGUUUGUCGAUGUGGACGGGGACGGGAAAGCAGACUACGUCUGGGUCGACAAGUUCAGCGGCGAUGCUACUGUAUGGUAUAACCGCGGUCGAGCUUCGGCGUCUGGCAAUAGCGAUAGCUCUUUCAAAUGGGAGAAUAAGGGCAAAGCUUAUUCGGGGUCAAGCCGUGGAGCAAACAUGCACUAUCCGAAUCUUGGGGGUGUUGGCAGGGCUGAUAUGGUCCAUGUGGAUCCUGACACUGCUUUUGGCUGGGUAUGGUACAACACCUGUCCCGGCGGCGGUGGUGGUGAUGACGGAGGAGUGGUCCCUAGAGAUCCAGAACUCCCAUUCUUCCUACCAGAACCCAUUUGCUACGAACUCAGGUGCUACGGAAUGGAGGAUGAUUCAACAGACUGUGGUCAAGAUCCCUGGGCUGAUGAUUUCUCUGACGAAUAUUCCCAAGAGGAUAUCGAUCUCGCCAGGACACUAGUUGUAAAUGAUUGGCAGGGGGAUGCACCUCGGUUGACGCAAUAG